ACCACUGACCGGUGUUCCUAUUUUCUUUCUUGUCGCCGUUAUUGAACUUCUCGGGGUAGAGAUCUUUCCUCCAUCGCAACGAACUGCAACGACCGCGUGAGCCCUAAACAACGCCGAAUCGAUGAUUGAGCCCUACAACAAGCUGGUUAAACUAGCGGCAAGGGCUUUCUAUGAUGAUCUAACGAGCAAAGGAGAUAAUCAGCCCAAAACGGGAAGGAGUGAUAAUAGGGGAAUUGCUGUAGUGGUUCUUGAUGCGCUCACGAGACGACAAUGGGUUAGGGAAGAAGACUUGGCAAAGGACCUCAAAUUGCAUACAAAACAACUUCGUCGAACUCUGCGGUUCUUUGAAGAAGAAAAGAUCAUUACUCGCGAUCAUAGGAGAGAGACGGCAAAAGGUGCAAAAAUUUAUAGUGCUGCUGUAGCUGCUACAGCUGAUGGUCAACAAACAACAAAAGAGGGAGAAGAAAAGGUCAAGCUGCACACCCACUCUUACUGUUGUCUAGAUUAUGCACAGAUAUAUGAUGUAAUUAGGUACAGACUACAUCGCAUGAAGCAUAAGCUGAAAGAUGAGUUGGAGAACAAAAACACACUUCAGGAAUAUAUAUGUCCAAACUGUGCAAAAAGAUACAAUGCUUUGGAUGCUUUGCGGUUAGUAUCGUUUGAAGAUGAGGACUUCCACUGUGAAAGUUGUAAUGGAAAACUAGAGGUUGAAAGUGAUAAGAUAGCUGCUCAAGAAGGGGGAGAAGGAGAUGAUAAUGCAAGACGACGACGGCGUGAGAAGUUAAAGGACAUGCUUCAAAAGAUGGAGGUACAGCUCAAGCCUUUAAUGGACCAACUCAGUCGGGUAAAAGACUUGCCUGUUCCAGAAUUUGGCAGUCUUCAAGCAUGGGAAGCCCGGGCUAGUGCUGCUGUCCGUGCAGCCAAUGGCGAUAUCAAUGCUGGAGAUUCCAAAAUUUCAUCGCUAGGAUAUAAUGGAGUGCCAAUGCCUUAUAGUGGAGACACUAAGGUUGUUGUUGACUUCAAUAAUGCUGAAGGCAAACGAGAGGGUGUUAAAUCUGAAACUGACAGUACAGGUUUAAAGGUUUUGCCUCCAUGGAUGAUUACAUCAGGGAUGAAUCUUACAAAGGAGCAACGUGGAGAGGUGAAGCAGGAAGCAAAGAUGGAUGGAACUUCAACUUCCACAGCAGCACAGUACACAGAUGACAAGAAGUCAACAGUUGGACACGACGAUAAUAAAAAUAUACAGGAUGAGUAUAUUAAGGCUUAUUAUGCUGCUUUACUCAAGCAACAAGAAGAAUUGGAAGAAGCUGCAAAAAAACAAUCGUCAAAUACACUUCCUGCUGAGGAUCCUUCUAGCAGUACUUCCAAUCGUCAGGUUGGCAUGAAAUCAAAACGUGAGGAAGACGAUGAUGGUACUGAGUGGGAGGAGGCUCCAAUUGCAGGCAAUGGAAAUGAAGGUUACAAGGUCGAUUUGAAUGUUCAAGCUGAGGAAGUUCCAGCAGAUGAGGAGGAGGAUGACGAUGUUGACUGGGAGGAAGGCUGAUGAAAGAUAAUCCGGUUGGUCAGUGGAAAGUAAUGGCCUAUUCUGAUCUGAUUGGCAAAGGCAGGUGCUCAUAUAAUAAUACCGCUCCAAAUUAUGUACCACAAGACUGGAAUUAACUGUUCAUAUAUUAUUGCUUGGGCAUCUUAGUGUGGUUAUGCGCCCGUGGGUUCAGAUAAGGUGCGCAGUUGACUUUUUGGUUGUUAAACAUCAGUUUUCGUCACAUAUUGGAUGAACAACAACAACUUUGAAACUUCGCAUGUUAUAGCCGUCCAAAAAUAGUGUCUCUAACUUUAUUUCGUUGUGAUCACAUUACCAUUUACCAAUGGAUUCCUAGAUUUGUGAGUAAUGGGCCAUCCCAACGUUUUACCUUUGGUGUUGCUCACACGCCAAUGAGAAAAUUGUGAGCCUUGAACUAUAUCUCCCCUUGCGAUUCCCGACAGGGCCCUUCAAUUUGCAAAACUCAUCCAAGUGUGUUCGUUGACUGGCAUCUUCAUUUAAAGUCAAAAUUGAUAUCCCAUGAAUUUGGGUUUAGCAAUUUAUUAUCCAGUAUUUUUAAUGUUUAUUUAAAAAUCACUGACAGAUAAUUUGUAAUCGUACUUUCAUUUAAAAGAAAAAUAAUGUAUUUUAUUCUAAUC